CGAAGACGCGCUGCACAAUUGUCGGCAAAUUACGAUUACGAUGGCGCCGAGGACACGAGUCAAAGAGGCAGCGAAGCCGCAAGUCGAAGAUGCCAGACCGACGGUUGCAGAUGUGGACGGAGAAGAUAGCUUUGCGCAGCUUGCAAAAAGGCACUGGUUGAAGACCACGAAGCGGGCUGCUAAGGUGAAGGUCAAGCUAGAUGUGUUGAAAAACGAGAUAUGGGAUGUCCUAGAGAAGGAUGGUUUCCCAUUCAGGUCGCUGCUGGUUCUAGAGAAUCUGCAGAUCUUAGAAAGCUACCUAUGGCCAGGCUUUUCCGAGGACUCGUCGAAUCACCAGAUUCUAUUGAUUGUUUUGAUUGCAAAUGUCAAGACCAGAGAGCAUCUGCCAGUAUGGGACAUCUUCACAGAUAAUCCAACAGAAUUCUCUACCCUUUUUCGCAGAGUACUUUCCAUGACACUGGAUACGACAUUAUCUCCUACUAUCCGAACAUACCUCUUGUGCUUCAUCAUUACAUCAUUCCAGUCACUCGAUAGUGGAAUAGUAAGGAAAGAAUGCGCUCCGCUGGUUUCGAUUUCCAUAUGGCAUAACAUAUCGACCGAGAAGAAACGAGAGCGGAAACUCGACCAGAGUGUUCAGCUCAGAAAAGCAUGGAGGGCCUCAGCCAAGCGUUAUGACGCUGCUGACGAGGAGACGAAGCCUCGACUCCGGUUUGAGCGCUCAUGGCUGUUCACUUUGGUUUUAGAUUUUCUGAAUCAACUCUAUAAUGAGAAGAUCAAGUCUGAAAAUACUCGUUAUUGUGAACGAUUUAUUGAGUUCCUAUCUGAUCUGCAGAGUCAAUUGCCCACCCGGAGAUAUGUGAACACCCUUCUCCAAGAUCUAAAUAUUCUUCCCGCGAUCAGACUAUCACCAGCCUUUAACGACGAGGAUAAUAGUCUGUUGAGAGACUUGUAUGCACUGCUGAAGCACUAUACGUAUUUCUCGAUCGAUGAUCACAAUGGUAUUCAGCACACCAAGACUGAAGCAUAUGAGAAGCAUUGCGCAACGCUCGCUUCAUUGCAAAGGACUGCGUUGAAACACUUCAAAGACAAGCUGACUAUUCUGGCAUUGUCAAACUAUGGAUCUAUCGAUAGACGUUCAGAGCUUGAAGGCCAUCUCGAACCCUUGACAGAUGAGGACAUCAUCCAGCUUUGUGAUCUCCUCGACUUUCGCACCUCGUAUCCAUCCUCAACGCACGUUGUCGCAGACCGAAGAUUUCUCAUUGAAGUCUUACUCGCGGGUCACGAGAAGCGGAAGACCUUCCAAGAGACUGCUCGUGAUCUGAGCAUAUUACCCACCGAACUCACUCUUUUCGAGCCCACAUUAUUGAGAAAUGACAGCUAUAAUGGCUCUGAACCUCUUGCGAUCCCCAAGCUAAAUUUGCAGUACCUGACAGUGGGUGAUUUUCUCUGGAGAUCGUUCAUCUUGCAUCGCUGCGAAUCGUUCUACGAGAUCAGAAAUCAUGUCGAAGAUGUGAUCAAAAGAUUACGGCCAUCAAUGAACCGAUCAGGGCAGACUAAUUUUGAGGGAUACUCAAGAAUGGCGUUGCCUAUUUCCAAGCCUUCCAUAUUAGAAGUUGUUCCCCCAUUGGUUGGACAUGACAAGCCUUCAGCUGUUCGUGCGGAGAUAUCAUUAGAUGUCAGUCGUCUUGCUGAUAACGUAAGACAAGAAUGGGAGACACUCCGACCUGACGAUGUUAUCUUCUUGCUGGCAGUCCAAGCCCCAGACAAUUCGAAGAUGAUAAUGAAUGGCGGCGAAACACCUUCUGAUGCACAAAAGAUUGGCUUGAAAUAUCUUCGAGCUGCUGAAGUCACACAAAUCCUGGACGAGAAGGGCCGCUCACUGCGAGAUCAAGACAGACAGAACGGUUACAGUCGACCACGCUUACGGAGGUUGCAGGUCAAAAUUGAUGCUACUAUGUACAAGGAAGACAUGGAUCGAGUUGCUAAUGGGAAGCCCGAUAUUUAUGAGGGCAUGAAUCUCAUAGUACGCCGUAGAGGUAGGGAGAACAACUUCAAGCCGGUUCUCGAGUCGAUACAAAGCCUAACCUUAUCCGAUGUACCUCUGGCAUCAUGGCUACACGAAGUCUUCCUCGGCUAUGGCGACCCAGCAGGUGCAACUUACACUCAUCUUGCAAACCAAAUCAAGAAGAUCGAUUAUAGAGACACGUUCCUAGAUUGGCAGCAUCUUAUCGAAAGCUUGCCUGGGAAGACUCUUGAGCCAAGUGAUGAUGCGGAGGGCAGUUUUGGGCCGCCAUACGUGCUUCAGUCAGCCCCAAAGAUCGAUGAGCCUGCGCCUGCUAAGCCAUCCAAAAAGAGACGUCGUGAUGCAGAGCCGGCGCCACCAGCGAUUUCCCCUCAAGCAGUCCAGAUCUCAACCUAUAAGCCUCCCAACACAGGACCAUAUCCCAUGGAUGCUCCGAAACUAAACCAUGUCCGCUUCACCCCCACACAAGUGGAUGCAGUGAUUUCGGGGACACAGCCAGGAUUGACUGUCAUCGUGGGACCGCCAGGAACUGGAAAGACUGACGUUGCAACACAGAUCAUUAACAAUAUCUAUCACAACUUUCCAGAACAGCGGACCCUUUUGAUCGCCCACAGCAACCAAGCUCUUAAUCAACUCUUCCAAAAGAUAGUUGCUCUGGAUAUUGAUGAGCGCCAUCUUCUCAGACUUGGUCAUGGCGAGGAGGAAUUGGACACCGAAGCCAACUUUAGUAAGCAUGGCAGAGUAGAGUCAUUCUUGGAAAAUCGUGAUGGAUACUUGAGAGAAGUUGAUCGUUUGGCUGCAAACUUUGGCGCUCCAGGUGCUCACGGUGCAUCUGCUGAGACUGCUGGUUAUUUCAACUCGGUUUACAUCGAGCCAGCUUGGACAAGAUUCGAAGAGGUCUCCAAAGCGCCGGACGCCACAGCAGAGGCCGUUGUAGCGGCUUUCCCAUUUCACUACUACUUCUCCAACGCCCCACAAGCCCUCUUCCCUGCAGAUGCAGACAAGGUUACGGUGCUUGACAUCGCCAAUGGCUGCUAUCACCAUGUUCGGAAGAUCUUCACCGAACUUGCAGAUGUUCGUCCAUUCGAGAUAUUGAGAAGAGACCGAGAUAAAGCCAACUACCUCCUCACAAACGAAGCCCGCAUCAUCGCCAUGACAUCAACACACGCCGCCAUGCGGAGAAGAGAGAUUGCUUCACUCGGCUUCCAUUACGACAACGUGAUCAUGGAAGAAGCAGCACAAAUCACAGAAAUCGAGAACUUCAUUCCCCUAGCCCUCCAAAACCCAAAGAAUGGUCAGAUGCCAUUACAGCGAGUAGUCCUUUGUGGUGAUCACUUUCAAAAUUCACCUGUUAUCCAGAACCUUGCAUUCCGACAAUACGCAAACCUUGAGCAAUCUCUCUUUUCUCGGCUCGUCCGUCUUGGUGUCCCAACCAUCAAUCUCGACCAACAGGGCCGUGCUCGUCCUUCUAUUGCAGCAGUCUAUUCUUGGAGAUACCAGAACCUCGGAAAUCUUCCUGUCGUCUCCACAGCGCAGGAGUUUGUUACAGCCAACGCCGGUUUCAAGUACGACUUCCAGUUCAUCGAAGUUCCUGACUACAAAGGCAAAGGCGAAUCUGAGCCCACACCUCAUUUCAUCCAGAACCUAGGCGAGGCAGAGUAUGCUGUUGCGAUAUAUCAGUACAUGAGAUUGCUGGGCUAUCCAGCUGAGAAAAUCAGCAUUUUGGCUACUUAUGCUGGUCAGCGAGCAUUGAUCAAGGAUGUCUUGGCACACCGAUGUGCAAAGAAUCCGCUGUUUGGUCUUCCCAAAAUUGUUACUACGGUGGAUAAGUAUCAGGGGGAGCAGAAUGAUUAUGUCAUUCUCUCACUCACUCGUACCUCUCGUGUCGGGUAUCUACGAGACAUCCGCCGUCUGACUGUCGCUCUGUCCCGUGCGCGCCUCGGUCUGUAUAUCCUUGGCCGUCGUGUAGUAUUCGAGUCCUGCUUCGAACUCAAACAGGCAUUCGACAUCUUGCUGCAGCGUCCCGAUAAGCUACAAUUGGCUACUGGGGAAUUAUGGCCAAGUAACAGGAUCUUGAGCGAGGAGGAAGAUAAGAAAGUUCCUGGGGAGACCCAAAUGGAAGGACUCGAGCAUCUAGGUCAAUAUGUUUACGAAAUGACAAAUGCGAAGGUACAACAACUGCGCGCUGAGCGUGGCCUAGAGGAGGCGGAACUCAUUGCACCAGAGGAAUCCGGGGUAAUUGAUGGAAAUGAGGAAGAAGAGGGUUAUGUUGAUCCAGAGUAUAUGGGCGAAGACGACGAAGAGGAGAUCGAGGGAGAAAUCAAGGAGGGAUUUGAAGCCGAGGAAUGAAGAUGGGAAAAGUGUAUUUUAGGGAUACCGGCCAACAAAUUUGGCAUAUGUACUGUAUAACUGUACCGCUCGUGCGGAGCUGCACAUGAAAUGAAUGAAUGAAUUCUGAUG